AUCUCGUCUUGGCGCUUAUACAGGAAAGCGUUCCCAGGUCUGCCUGUGUGAAUCACGACUCCUUAUCCUCAUCCUCCUCCUCCUGCUCCUCUUAACGCCUUAUUCAUGGGGGCGUUUUCUCUGACAUCGUAAAGCGCUUCUCCAAGAGUUAUUACCGAUUAAAUUGUGUGCGAGUGUUUUGGUGUAAUUGUAAAGUAGUAGGGUAUGCUGAAGGAAGAUGGCACUGAAACUCAAUUUUCCUACAGCCCGUGCUUCUUCAUCCAAGCAGGGAUUUUUACCAUGCAGACAGAUGGAAAACUACAUUGUAAGUGUCAAACCAAAAGGGAUGUGUAAAUUUACCCAGCCCCAUAUAUUGUGUGCAAUGAAUAUGACUGCAGGACGGUCAGAUGAAUCUGGGAAGCUGAAAUUUGACCACAUUGUUCACAAGGCUAAACAACUCUGGGAUGGUUCUCCUCAGCCUGUCAAGAGUUUCCCUUGGAAUAGAGCAUUUGACAAUUUCAUUCAGCUCAUUCUUGACACUGCCUUGGUGGUUAUCAAAUACUUGUCUCUACCCGUAUUUGCUGUUUCUUGCCUUAGCGAAAUGUCCUACUGUGCACAUGAGAGGAAACUAUAUUUCGUCCCACUUCCAUUUCUUGUUGGCGCUGCUGUUGCUGGGAUCUUGAGAACAGCAGCACUGGAGUCAUCUCCAUCUCUUAAGAAUGCAGAAGUCCCCUGGCAUCUCAUUGCGGUUGCUAUAUUUUUCACAUUGAUAAAGUGGCCAGGGCCAUACUAUCCAUACUGGGGACGUCUUCUAAUUCCACAUUUUGCAAAUGGCGCAUUGUUGAGGACUCUGUGGUUCGCAUUUUUAUGGUAUAGAAGACCAAAGAAGUCAUCAGAAACUACAGUGGGUGCAUCCACGGCUAGUACAGAAGACACCGUCUGAUAUGUUGAAAGGACAUUUGACAGGUGCAGACAUUAAUCCUCACAAGAAUUUGUUUAACAUUGCAGAGCAAAUAUGCUGUCUUAUUUUCCUUUUGGAACUGUUUUUUGUCUCUGUUAUUGUUUUCUUGAUGUUGUACUUGUGGUUUUCCUGGAGUGAUGUGCAAUUAUAUAAUUAUCAACAUAA